AUGAACUACAUCCAACAGCAAGAGAUCCCCACGGCUGCGCCCCCGCCGCCGCUGCCGCAGCAACAGCAGCAGGGUCUAACAGCUGAACAGCCACAAUAUUCACUCGUGGUUCUGAAGCAGGAGCAGGCUCUCAAGUCGGCGCAACAGAAACGGGACUUCAAGGACAGGCGAUCCCGAGUCAGAGACAUGCUGGAUCACCAGAACAGGCGCACGCCCGUCGUCAUCAAUAGUCUUGAUGAAUACUUGGCAAUGGACGCCGCCUACAGAUCUUUGUCUAACUGCGACAAAGAAGAGGAGAAGAAGAUCCCUACUAGUAUUGAAGGCUUCCCGAUGACCGAUGCCGACCGGGCCGCACUUGUCGCUCAGUUGAGCGCUGCUAUCAUGGACUUCAGCAACAUCGUGGACAAGCCGAUGAAGAGGGCGACCAAGAGAAAUGCGCCAGUGGCCAACAGCGCAGUCAAGGCGGUCAAGGCCCUGUCAACCUUCGAAGUCCAGCUGCUCGCUUGGAAGAUCCUGUGCGCCAUCUGCGACGCCCACUGUGGCCUUCACAACGUCCCAUCCUGGACCAACGUCUGGAAGUACAAUUCCUACGACAGCUUUACCGCGCGUUUCAGAGAUGUACGUCACGCCGUCACGCGCUGCAAGGCGCUUCUCAAGAGCAUCCUCGACACGGACAUCCCCUUCGUCAAGCGGCUUGCUGCGGGCCCCAGGGCCGAGUUCAGGAUGAAGCGGGAAAACAGCGAGAUCAAUGACAAGAGGGCAGCCGAGCGCGAGGAAUCGAAGAAGCGCAAGCCGGACGACGCUGGAUUGGAUGGCGAGGAGGGUGAUGCUCUCCCAGAUCCAGGAGGCCAAGCUACUCUUCCUGGCCAUCAGAAAGACCAAAUUCCCACUGCGGACUACGCCUCGGAGUCCAAUGCCAUACGUGGUGUCCCCAACGGCCUGAUCUUCCGGAGUGAUGACGGUAUCAUGCACAGCCACGAUGGAAACAUCUCCACCGGCGGUAAUGAAAUCCUGGACAACGCCCUCGACUCUCCCAGUGUCGGUGGUCAAGCAAGCAGCCUUGACUUUGGAGUUGAUCAGUCCGGGGGCAUGGACGGCGCCACGAACAAUGAGCCCCCUAUGCAUCUGUCGGCACAUCACGACCACGCCUUCGCUCAAGCCAGUACAGAGCUCGGCGAUGAAGGUUUUGGAUCCCAAGCAAGCGGAUUUCAGCCUGCCGCUGGCGAUUUCGAGGUCAACACCAGCAUUCAUUCGGGGCCAAGAAAUCCGGCAGGCCUCCAGCACUGGGACUUUUCGGACCCUGGUGGUUAUGAUGCUGAGCACGACAAUCUACUUGACGCAUUCGAUCUCAUUCGCGAGCUCUCACCGGGCCUGCAGUUAACUCUGGCUACUCUUGGAGACUCGAUGGAGACUCAGCAGCAAGAUCAGUUUCCCUCUGCAGUGACCCAAUCCGAGGACUCACUCAACACCGGCCCUGGAGAGUUCGUCCAGGCCGAGCCCACAAGCACCUCUCAGAGCCCGCACGACCAAAUCGAGCACGACAGACUCUUCUCGGGCGAGGAAGAUUAG